AAACACCUUUAUCGCCGAGCAAGGAGGAAUCGCUGCUCCUUCCCACGCAGCUCUUCCAGCUCCUGGCUGCGAAACCCACUCAGGCUGAGGCACAACACCCCAGAAAGGCGCACCUGCACCGCCCGCCUUCCCCGCAGCAGCGGGCAGCACCGCCUCCCGCUCCCUCCCCUCAGCCCCCGACCCGGGCGGGCUAUAAGAGGCGGCGGCGGCGGCGGGGCCGGCAGUGGCGGGGUGGCCGCCAUGAAGCCGCCUCAAGCGCAGCGUGCGGCGGGCCAAGCGGGCGGCCGGCGUCCCGCGGCGUUGCAGGAGGAGGCGGGCGGCUUGGCGGAGGCUCUGGGAGAGUUCGAAGCGGUGCUGGAGGACUUCGCCUGCCCCGCCGGCCGGAGCCGCUUCCACUACGGGGAGCACCUGGAGCGCAUGAAGCGGCGGAGCAGCGCCAGCGUCAGCGACGGCAGCGGCCUCAGCGACUCCGAGAGUGCAGAUUCACUCUACAGGAGUAGUUUCAGCCUCAGUGAUGAAAAACUUAACUCUCCAACUGCAUCUACUCCAAGCUUGCCAUCUCCAUCAGUAACUCCUUGUAAAGCAAAACUUGGAGACACAAAAGAACUGGAAGAAUUCAUAGCUGAUCUUGACAGGACACUAGCAAGUAUGUGAAAUGAAUCUUUGGCACUGCUUGCCUGUGGAUGUCAUCUGAAGGAUAAGUGACAUCAGUGGUGGAGAACUGCUGCCUUUGUCUGAUAACUUUGCUACCCAAGAUAUUCACCUUGUGAACACAACCUUUGUAAACUCCUACAAGUAUUUAACUGGCAAACAUCAGUGUUGUUACUUUGCAGCAGCUGGAAUCAGAUAACUUAAAUUUUCCAGCUAUAUUUUACUUUAAAAUAUAGCUUGAAUUUUAAUUUAAAGUUGCUUUUAUGAAAAUAUAUUUGUAAUUUUAUAUAGUUGAGAACUUUUAAUGCUUUUUUCCAUUAUAAUAUAUUUUUAUACAAAUAAACCCUGAACUGGAAUCCA